CGGCUGAGCGGGCGGCGGGCGGUCGUCUCUCUUUCUCUCUAGCAGGGCGACCCCGGCGGCUCCGUCAGGGUCCUGAGGAGGUGGCGCUGGGCGGGAACCGCUCCUGGGAACAGCCAGGCCUGCGUGGGUCGAAGCCCACGGUUCGUGUUGAAAUCUGUUAAUUCUAUUUUUUGAACACUUAUGAAUAACCACGCGUCUUCAAAACCAUCUACCAUGAAGCUAAAACAGACCAUCAAUCCUAUACUUUUAUAUUUCAUACGUUUUGUAAUAUACGUCUAUACUAUUUUAACAUACAUUCCAUUUUACUUUUUAUGUGAGUCAAGACAAGAAAAAUCAAACCAAAUUAAAGCAAAGUCUGUCAGUUCAGAACCGGAUUCUGCAUACAGAUCUAUUGACAGCUUGGACAGUUUGGCUUCAGUUUUGUACCCUGGCUGCAAUACACUUGAUAAAGUCUUUCUGUAUGCAAAAAAUAAAUUUAAGGACAAGAGACUAUUGGGAACGCGUGAAAUUUUGAAUGAGGAAGAUGAAAUUCAACCAAAUGGAAAAAUUUUUAAAAAGGUUAUUCUGGGGCACUAUAAUUGGCUUUCCUAUGAAGAUGUCUUCACUCGAGCCCUUGACUUUGGAAAUGGAUUGCAGAUGUUGGGCCAGAAACCAAAGACCAACAUCGCCAUCUUCUGUGAGACCAGGGCUGAGUGGAUGAUUGCUGCGCAGGCGUGUUUUAUGUAUAACUUCCAGCUUGUUACACUGUAUGCUACCCUGGGAGGUCCAGCCAUUGUUCAUGGACUAAAUGAGACAGAGGUGACCAACAUCAUCACUAGCAAAGAACUUUUGCAGACCAAGCUGAAGGAUAUAGUCUCUUUGGUCCCACGUCUGCGCCAUAUCAUUACGGUUGAUAGGAAGCCUCCAACCUGGUCUGAGUUCCCCAAGGGUGUCAUUGUACACACCAUGACUGCAGUGCAGGCUCUCGGAGUGAAGGCCAACAUGGAAAACAAAGCUCACAGCAAGCCGUUGCCCUCAGACAUUGCAGUAAUCAUGUAUACGAGUGGGUCCACAGGAAUCCCAAAGGGAGUCAUGAUCUCCCACAGCAACAUGGUUGCUUCUAUAACUGGGAUGGCAAGAAGGAUUCCAAGUCUGGGAGAGGAAGAUGUAUACAUUGGCUAUUUGCCCCUGGCCCAUGUUCUAGAAUUGAGUGCUGAGCUUGUAUGUCUUUCUCAUGGAUGUCGAAUUGGCUACUCUUCACCACAGACUUUAGCAGAUCAGUCUUCAAAAAUAAAAAAAGGAAGCAAAGGAGACACAUCCAUGUUGAAGCCAACCCUGAUGGCAGCUGUUCCGGAAAUCAUGGAUCGGAUCUACAAAAACGUCAUGAAUAAAGUGAAUGAAAUGAGUAGUUUCCAACGAAACUUGUUUAUUUUGGCCUAUAAUUAUAAGAUGGAACAGAUUGCCAAAGGGUGCAGUACUCCACUGUGUGACCGCUUUGUUUUCCGGAAUGUUCGAAGGCUACUGGGUGGAAAUAUUCGCCUUUUGUUGUGUGGUGGUGCUCCACUUUCUGCAACGACACAACGAUUCAUGAAUAUCUGUUUCUGCUGUCCCGUUGGUCAGGGGUAUGGACUCACGGAAUCAACAGGGGCUGGAACGAUUACAGAAGUGUGGGACUACAAUACCGGCAGAGUGGGAGCACCAUUAGUUUGCUGUGAAAUCAAAUUAAAGAACUGGGAGGAAGGUGGCUAUUUUAAUACUGAUAAACCACAUCCCAGAGGUGAAAUUCUUAUUGGUGGCCAAAAUGUGACAAUGGGGUACUACAAAAAUGAAGCAAAAACACAAACUGAUUUCUUUGAAGAUGAAAAUGGGCAGCGGUGGCUCUGCACUGGAGAUAUUGGAGAGUUUGACCCUGAUGGCUGUCUGAAGAUUAUUGAUCGUAAAAAGGAUCUGGUGAAACUACAGGCAGGAGAGUAUGUUUCUCUUGGGAAAGUAGAGGCGGCGUUGAAGAACCUCCCACUGAUAGAUAACAUUUGUGCAUAUGCAAACAGUUACCACUCUUAUGUAAUUGGAUUUGUUGUGCCAAAUCAAAAGGAACUCACGGAGCUAGCUAGAACGAAAGGAUUUAAAGGGACUUGGGAAGAACUGUGUAACAGCAGUGAAAUGGAAAAUGAAGUUCUUAAAGUGCUUUCUGAAGCUGCUACUUCAGCAAGUCUGGAAAAGUUUGAAAUUCCAGUAAAAAUUCGUUUGAGCCCUGACCCAUGGACUCCUGAAACUGGUCUGGUGACGGAUGCCUUCAAGUUGAAACGCAAAGAACUUAAGACACAUUACCAGGCAGACAUUGAGCGGAUGUAUGGGAGAAAAUAAUUAGUUUUGGCACCAGUUUGCUAAAGCGAGCUCAGAUCAAAUAGGAAAAUACUUGAAAUGUACGUCUCAGGCCGAGGCAAACUCCAUUCCUCAUAUUAAACCCCAGCUGUUAUUUCUCACCACGUCACCAUUUUUAACUGACAGGAUUAGUAAACUAUUAAGACAGCAAACUUGUGUCUGUCUGUUUCUUCCCUCUCCUCCAGUUUGCUUUGGCAUCUAUGACUGUGUCAAUAGGAGAAUUUUUCUGAAUCUUACUGAGGAAGCAGUGAUUUUAAAACCUCAAGUUUUUAAACAUGAUUUAUAUGUUCUGUACAAUUGUUCAGUUUGUAACUUUUUAAAGUUUGGAUGUAUAGAAGGAUAAAUAGGAAAUAUAAAAAUUGGUUAUUUGGGGGGCUUUUUUACUUAUUGUAUUUAAAAAUAAAAGGGUAUCAAUGUGAAAUUAUGUAAAUUUUAAAUGCUUAUGAAUCAAGUCACUGUUGAACAAAAGAUUUGUUGCUGUGUAAUUAUUGUCUUGUAUGCAUUUGAGAGAAAUAAAUAUACUCAGACUUACGUUUUAAGAAAUUGAGACUUUGCGGAUACACACCUGAAACUGUUGGUUUUGUACACUGAUUUUUUUCUACUGGGGGAACAGCAGGGUUGGCACUGCAUGGAACGAAGCAGUAAGAGAGAGAUGGAGCUCGGGGCAGUGCUGGCCCAGCAUGUGCAGCGGCUGCUGGUCCUUCAGUCGCUGCCAUCCGCAUGCCCAGUGCUUGUCACGGCGCUCCUCAGGUCACAGCAGAAUGGGCACACUCUGAACCACAGUGGAAUCUGACAAAUGAAGGGUAGAGCUGUGAGUGCUGGCGCUGGCCGCACACGGCUUUGAGCCCAGCACUUAGAGGCAGAUGCAGGCAAGUCUGUUUGUCUGGUCUACACUGAGUGUUCCAGGUCAGCCACCGUCACACAGUGAGAGCCUUCCUCACAGGGGAGGAAGGAACCAGAAUAAAGGAUAGAAACUUGGCUGUUUAUUUUUGUUGUGUGUGCACUUCUUUGCCUCAGUCAUAGAAAAUCAUUCUGUUCAAACUCGCCUACUUCUUACCAUCAUAUAGUUCUCAUUUUAAAAAUUAGAAUUGUUUCAGUACUCGUGCGCAUGCUCCAGAGAGUGAGUGCAGGAGGUAAAGAGAUAGGUAGACGGAUAUUUCAGUGGUGGGAGCUUGUUGACUGACGUCACCUUUCCUAAGCACCGUAGCAUCUCAUACUAGAGCACGACAGUUGAGUGUGUCCAUGUGCACUGCUUGCCUGUGUCAUUUUAGCGAAGAGUCCCCAUUGCUUCAGUUAGGAUACACUCAACCUAGGGCUGUGUACUCAUCAGACUGUCUUCCAUGCCUUCAUCUCUCCCCUCCCCACUUCUUGAGAGGGGCUUGCCAUGUAGAACAGGAUGGUUUGGCACUCAGGAAUCCUCUUGCCUCUGCUUCAGAAGUGCUGGGGUUAAAGUAGUAUACAUCACCAUACCCAGCCAGACAAUUUUUCUUGAUCUCAGUUACUUAAGGCAUCAAAAGUUAAAAAAAGGAUAUCGAGAACAAAAAGCACCUGAACGCGGAUCUUUAUAGGUGAGGUUUACGUGUGUGUCAGCAGUAGGGUAGGACGCAAUGGUGAGAGGAGCCAGAGCCUGGAGUUCCCUUCACAUCAUAAACUGCUUAUUUGGAGACAUCCCAGCCCAGGAUUGAGUGUUUUUGUAUAUUGUGUUUUGGAUGCUUUUUCUUUGUUGAAGUUUAGGUUAUGUUUGAGAAAACGAUCCAACUUCCCAAAGAAGGCAAAACGUGGAAAGAAGUAAAUGGAGCUUCUCAAUAUUAGUGUUGGGAGCUGGUAAUUAUCCUGUGGUGGGUGAGGAGCGUUUGUGUCCGAUGUCUUGCCUUCAGAAUAAUUGUGUUAAAAUGAUUUAAAAAGCGAUUUGCCUUUAUAUGUAUAUGUGUGGAGGGGUAUGUGUGUGAGUGCAGUUGACUGAAGAGGGCAGUGGGGGACGUGUAGCCCUCUGAAGCUGCAGUUACAGGCUCAUGUGGGCGAUUGGAACCACUCUCCAGCCCUCUGCUCUUAAUGCUGAGCCAUCUCUCCAGCCUAUAUUCAAAGGAAUUUUUUACCUUUUUUUUUUUUUUUUUUUCCGAGACAGGGUUUCUCUGUAGCUUUGGAGCCUGUCCUGGAACUUGCUCUUGUAGACCAGGCUGGCCUCGAACUCAGAGAUCCACCCGCCUCUGCCUCCCGAGUGCUGGGAUUAAAGGUGUGCGCCACCACCGCCCGGCAAGGAAUUUUUAAAAUAUAGAUAUGUGAGCUUCAGUGCUUUUGGAAAGACCUGAUAAUUAUGACUUGAAAUGUCAGAUUAAGAGGUGUCUCAUCAGGUCAGAGUAAUGGCUGAUUUCUUUGAACAGCGAAUAAGAUAUCUAGUCGAUCAAGUUCCCUUCCCUUCCUUGCGUGACUUAAGUUUAGGAUUAUGUUUAGUUCUAAGGUACCAGAGGGGAAGACUCAUGCCACAGUAGAACAUGAUAUGACCCAUUUCUCUAGCCAAUCAAGGUGACCUGAAAAAAAUCCAUCAAUAUUUUUUUUGUUUCAAGAAGAGAAAUCUUUUAGAUUUUUAAAAAAGACAUGAGACCCUGUCCCCCAAACCCAGACUAACCAAAUGAAACCCAUGGGUUAUUAAUUGUCGUUUAGCUAGGACAAAAACUAAGGAAUUUCAAAGAAAGCUCUGAUUAUAUACACAUGUGUAAGCAUUGUGGUUCCUUGAGCCAUUCUUUACUGUUUUCUAGAAAUAAGCUAAAUGUGGAAUAAUUGAACAUCAAUAAAAUAACUGUCACUAGCACAUGUCCUGGUGACCGCCUCUGCUUCAUGCUCGGGAACUCAACCUGCCUGAGUGGUUUUGUUGUUUGUGUAUGUGGUGGUGCAACCUUAGGUUUUGCUGACUCUACAGCAGAGCUGAAAUUGGCACCUGAUGCCUAAAACCGAGAGCUUGUGAAUUCUCAUCCACGUCUGCAGUGUUCCAUAAAGUUUGUAAUUCUUCGCCAUUGCUUAAACAUAGAUGAAUCCAGAACAGCAAGCUGGUAAAAUGCUAAGCGUUUUACAGCCUUAAAGCACAUUUCAUGGAAUACAACUUUUUUAAGACCUUUAGAAAAAUAUCUUCUGUGUGAGUUCCCUUUGUAGGAAGAGUGUGUCCGUGUGCAAUGCUCUAAAGAGGAGCCGCUGUUAAACGCUGCAUGCUGGACCGGGCUGAAUGGCAGCCAUGCGUCCUGCCUGCAUCUGCUGCUUGUCUAUUGUGAGCUGAUUUCCAGUGUGUUCUUGGUUAUUGCUGCUCAAGAAAGGAUGCUUCCUAAACAGGUUCUCUAGGAUGUCAUGAAGCUUGAAGAGUAACGAUAUUGUAAGAGUUUCUGGUACACUGUGAUGUUUUGCCUAAAGAAGGAAAACCCUUAUAAAAGUCAAACUUUGGCAUUUCUAAAGUGUUGGUUGAAAACGGAGUUUGCAGAAUUUCUCUCUGUGGCCUAGCAAAAUUGUGUUCUUAAUAUGCCCUAGCAUUUUUGUGCUCUUAACUUCUCCCUAGUCCAUCCUUAGUUCCUCCUUCAUGCCUUCUGGGUUUGACUGCACAGU